AUGGCAUCUGCCCUCAACAGCAGCGUUCACCCGCCCGGGACUUGCUCGAGCUCCAAAGCCGACGCCCGAGCCGGCGCGGGCUGGAGAAUGGACUGCGAUCCGGAGAUGCACGUGAAAAUGUGCAAGAAGAUCGCCCAGCUUACCAAGGUGAUCUAUGCCCUGAACACCCGCCAGGACGAAGCCGAGGCCAGCAUGGAGGCGCUGCGUGAAGCGCAGCAGGAGGAGCUCCAGAGCGCGGUGGCGGAGACGAAGGCCCGGCUUCUGCAGGAGCGCGGCUGCCCCAAAGAUGACCAGGAGGCCCUGCUGCAGCGAAUCCAGGCCCUGGAGAGCGCUCUGGAGAUGCAGAAGAAACUGACCCAGGAGGCCCUGGCUGAGUCGGCCACAUGCAGGCUGCAGACCAAAGAGAGAGAGCUGAGGGUGGAGGCUGAGCACGCGGAGCGGGUGCUCACGCUCUCCAAGGAGAUGCUGGAGCUCAAGGCUGACUACGAGAAGAGACUGCGGCGCCUGGCGCAUCAUGAGGGCCCUCCCUGGGGCCAGCUUUCCCAGGAGAGCCCCGACGCCAAGGCCGAGCUCGGCCAGGGCCCAGAGAUGCAAGAGGUGCUGCUGGAGGUGGAGCGACUGCGGGCCGAGAACCAGCAGCUGAGCCAGGACUACGCCCGCAAGGCGGAGGAGCUGCAAGCCAGCUAUGAGCGGGAGAACGAGGCCAUCCGGCAGGCCAUGCAGCAGUCGGUGAGCGAAGCCCUGUGGCAGUGGCAGGAGAAGGAGAGCGACCUCCGCAAGAACUUCCAGGUGCAGGAGUCGGCCCUGCAGGCCCAGGUCAGGAAGCUGGAAGGGGACCUGGAGCACAGGGGGCGCAGGAUCAGUGACCUGAAGAAAUAUGCCCAGAAGCUGAAGGACAGGAUUCAGGACCUGGAUGUGCAGCUGAGGGAGGCUCGGCAGGAGAAUUCAGAGCUGAAGAGUACGGCCAAAAAGCUUGGGGAGAAGCUGGCUGUUGCCAAAGACAGACUGGUGCUGCAGGAGUGUCAUGUGACACCCAAAACAGGUGCCAUGAAGACUAAGAAUGACACUCUAGGGGAAGCAGAUGCCCUGGAAGCCCACUGUCUUCAUCCUCAGCUGGACCAAGGCCUUCCCAAGGAGGGUCCCAGCCUGAAUGGUGGCACAGAUACACAGACUGAGAAAGAGGCAAGUGUUGAGACAGAAUACAUGAAGCACCGUUACGAAGAAGACCUCCUGAAGCUCAGACGACAGACUGAAGAGGAGAGGAAACACCAGCAAGACCAGCUCCUGCAGCACCUGGAAGACUUGGUGAAGAAGCACUCGGCAGAAAUCAAGUCAGUGCGCUCCUCCGCUGAGGCUGAACGGAAGAAGCUGCAGAAGGAAGUAGAAGCGCAGUUGGAAGAAGUGAAGAAGAAAUCAGAAAAGGAAAUAAGGCAGCUGGAAGAAGAGAAAUCGGCCCUAAAUAUGAAGCUUCAGAGUUCUCUGCUCGAGGUUUUAAGACUGGAAGAAUUUAUCCAACAACAGAAGGUGCCAUCCCAAAGAGCCGAAGAAAGACCCCAAAAGUCAGACUGCGGACCCUGCUGCAUUCCCGAGAGCCAGGACCCGUGCUCCAAGCUGAAGGACCCUUCUCGGAUGCUGCUGAGAGAAGACAAGUUAGCAGCUGAAGAAGGAGCCAGCCCUGAUGAAGAAGAAAGGUCAGCAGUGCCCCUCAAGGAGGACAGUGACUCCCAACACCCUCUGGGCCCCUCCCUGAAGGAGAAGGCAGCCAAGAUCCAGGGUCUACAGGAGGACUGGCAAAACCAGACAGCCCGACGGCAAGCCCAGGCCACAGAGGAGCUCUUGAAAAAGGAAUCCAGCCACAGAGCCCAGCUGCAACACCAGGCACACUGGCUGGAGCGCCAGACCCUGGAGAAAAAGGCUGGACAGGAGCUGCAGGAGGAGCAGAAGAUGCAGGCGCAGCAGGCGCAGCUGCCAGAGACCCUCAGGCACGAGCUGCCGGAGCAGCGAGAUGCCUGCUGCGAGCCCCAGAAGGACCUGGAGACACUGCGCAGCUCGGGCAGGCGGCAGGCCACCGUCCUGCGUCCAGGGGACAGCGAGGACCGCGUGGUCACCUCCGAGGACACCGCCGAUGGCCCAGUCGAGGGAGCUGGGCUCCGCGAGGAGAAUGCGCAGCUCCGGAACGCCGUAAUGCGGCUGCGCGCUGAGGCGGAAGAGCUCCAGCAGGAGGCGCGGCAGCUCCGCGAGCAGCGCAGGUUGCUGGAGGAGGACCAGCAAGCCCAGAGGGCCAGAGAGGCCGAGACGCUGCGCCAGGAGCACCGCAAGGAGAUGCAGGCCAUGGUGGCCGACUUCAGCGGUGCUCAGGCCCGGCUGCAGGCCCGGCUGGCGGCUCUGGAGGCCGAACUGAAAGAUUCCGGAGAGAAGCCGGUGAAAGCAGCGUCCAGGCCCGAGGACCUGCAGCUCAUAGGCUGCCUGCAGGCGCGCCUCAGGGAGCGCGAGGAGAUCAUCAAGCGGCUCACGGAGGAGAGGCGCUUCCACUACGCGGCCUUCCCCAGCGCCAUGUCCCACCGGAACCGGUCCUUCUCCUUCAACCCUCACCCGGGCUAUUUGACGCCCUCCAUGAAGAAGAAGAGGAUGGAGGAGGUGCCCAGCCGCGUGGUCAGCGUGCCCAACCUCGCCUCCUAUGCGAAGAACUUCCUGAGUGGAGAUCUGAGCUCCAGGAUCAACGCCCCUCCGCUCACAAAGUCACCCAGCCUGGACCCAAGCCCCAGCUGUGGCCGGCCUUAUAAGCCCACCCCGUUGCUAGAUGCAAAAAGUGCAGCGAGGGUACAAGACGGCGAAGGAGCCCAAGCUAAGGAAGCUCCGCAGAAGCAGGGCUCUCCACACCAGGAGUGGUUCACUAAGUACUUUUCCUUCUAAACCGAUCUUCACGAUACAUCACAGAAGACAUCGGCAAACAUUUACCAUUUACGAAAGGAAUGAGCUUCAACCACCGAGUAACUUGCUUGUCCGAUGAUGUACGUAUCACAGCGAAAACAAAUGUUGGCUUUAACCCUUCAUACUGUUUCAUUGUGUCGCUAGUUUGUUCCAAAUUCUUGAUAUUGAAGAUAAAACCAACCAGUGUUACUGAAAAGCACGCAUAGGGAAAUGCUACUAAUAUGGCUGAGGUGCAGACAGCAUCGCUAGUGCCCAGAACGUCCUGCAUCCUCUGAGAUGUCGGGCUUUGGGGUGUCUGUGGUUUACUUUUAAAAGUGGUUUCAUUUUUCUUAUGACUUUCUUGCAAAGUCAUUUCUGUGUAAAAUGAUGUCAUUCCUAAAUGCACUUCUAACCUCAGUAGGGGAAGGAAUAAGAUAACGUUCACUAUUAACAGGAAGGCCAGUUUCAAAGCCCAGAACAAACGCUGUCAGAGUGGACUGCGGCAUGCUUGGGUUGAAUGCUCUGACCUCCUGGGUGUGAGACACGCAGAUAUAAACAGGGUCACACCUACCUCAGGAGGGGCCAUGCCAGGACUAGCAAGGCUGUGCAGAACGAUCCAGAAUUGGAAUUUCCUGAACGUUAACUGUGCCACACCCUGUCACACAUCUCCCUGCCAGUGACUGACAUGUCGAGGUGGCCAUCUGUGAUGACAGCUGCUAGGUGACCUGUUCUCUGAAGUCAGAGCUAGGCUGCAUGCUGCGCUGUGUCCCCACUGCAUGGACUCGUUGUAAUGCUGGGAUUGGCCACUCAUGGUGCUGACCAUGCGCUCCUCCGUCCACACGGAACUGUCUCACUGCUGACAGAACAAGGCAAUUUGACGAGACGCAGGACAACUUUUAGUGGGCAACGUAUCUCUUCAGUCCAUUGGUGCUGGCCAGCAAGUGGCCCCAAAACAGAUUUUAAUUCUAUGCACUCUUAUUUGCUCUUUUAAUAAAAUGUUAAACAUCUGGGCAAUAAAAAUGGUGGUAUCUUGUAUUGCUUUUCCAUAGAAAGGUAAAAUUAGAUGAAGAAAGUUUGGAAGAAGGAAGUUCACAUUAAGCUUAUCAGAUCAUCUCUAAAUAAAAAGCUGAUUACAGUAUAUCAAGAAAUGCUGGCUAAGGGCCAGUGAGAUAGCUCAGUGGAUUAAGCACAUGCUAGGCAUGUACAAGGCCUGGGGGUCAA